CCAUUGUUUUGUCCGGCAAAACGUUAGGCUUACUUCAUAGACCGUCAGUCGUGCCGCGUCGCCGAGUCGCAGCUGUGAUUGACAACGAGCUAGUGUUGACGUGCGCGCAUAGUUUAUUACGACUACGAAAUGUCAUCUAAUAUAAUUAGCGAUAAAUAUGCAAACGAUACGAAAUUGAACAGUUUUAGUGCAUUUACAGAUAAAAGUUUGGCGCCAAUAAACGGGCGGUAUAGAUCGAAGAGUUUGUCAAGUGAUAAGUUGAAUAAAACGAAUGCGGAUCGUGCGGCGAUAUUAGAAGACGUCGAAGACCAUCAUGUUACAGAAAAGUCUGAGACUCCAGGCUGCCUAGUCGGUAACAGAGUCACGGAGCAAGGAGGUCACAACACGAUGAAUGGAUUCAAAGAGGGCAAAGUAUCGUACGGCACAGACAGCCCGGCACGAGGUCGCCGGGUCAUAUUCUGCGUGCACGGCAACCCUUCCACAGGAUGCUGUGCAGUCAUAGAAACCAGCGCAGACGGAGACGAUGGCGAACAACGUAAUGGAAGCAUUUCAGAAGUUGAAAGGCAUUGUCACAGAUCGAGGAACGAAGAAAUAGACAAAAGGGCAAGAAGAAAGUUGAUAAUAGCCAGCAUAUUAUGUGUUAUAUUUAUGAUAGGUGAAAUUGUAGGUGGUUACUUAUCAAACAGUUUAGCGAUAGCCACAGACGCUGCCCACCUUCUAACAGACUUUGCUAGCUUUAUGAUAUCGCUGUUCUCGCUAUGGGUAUCCAGCCGACCAGCUACAAGACGAAUGCCGUUCGGCUGGUACCGUGCGGAAGUAAUAGGUGCAUUAACAUCGGUGCUCCUGAUCUGGGUGGUGACGGGAGUGUUGGUGUACAUGGCGGUGCAGCGCGUCAUAUACAAAGAGUUCGGGAUCAACGCCACUGUCAUGCUCAUCACCUCCGCUGUUGGAGUCGCCGUCAACCUUAUUAUGGGCCUGACGCUGCACCAGCACGGCCACAGCCACGGCGGGGGCGGACACGGACACUCGCACGGAGGGAACAACCCCGUACUUAAUAAUAAGGAGCGCGCGGACUCGGACGCGGAGAGCGCGGCGUCGGCGCACGCGCACGCGCAGGAGAACAUCAACGUGCGCGCCGCCUUCAUACACGUGCUCGGGGACUUCCUGCAGAGCUUCGGCGUACUCAUCGCCGCCAUCGUCAUAUACUUCCAGCCGAGCUGGAGUCUAGUAGAUCCAAUCUGCACGUUCCUUUUCUCCGUGCUGGUACUCAUCACCACCUUCAACAUCAUCAAGGACGCACUCCUCGUACUCAUGGAGGGAUCACCUAGAGGCGUGGACUUCCAGGAGGUAGCCAAUACGUUCCUGUCGCUGCCCGGCGUGGUCCGCGUCCACAACCUGCGCAUGUGGGCUCUCUCACUCGAUAAGACUGCACUCUCCGCGCAUCUAGCCAUACGUACCGGAGUAAGUCCGCAGAAGGUAUUAGAAGAAGCGACCAGGUUGGUACACGACAAGUAUAACUUCUUCGAGAUGACGCUGCAGAUCGAGGAGUUCAACGACGGCAUGGAGGACUGCAGCCAGUGCAAGAUGCCACAGACUUAAGACAUAUUACUUCUAUGUACAGACUCACAUCAAAAUACCACAAACUAUCACUUUAUCACAUAGUUUGAAAAGUAAAUCUGUCAGUUUUUAAUGGGCAAUUAAUUUUGGUCUUUGUAGCGAAGAAAAUGUGUUAGAGACUGAUAGUUUGAGAUAGAUUGAUGUGCAGUCUAAACGUAUUUUGAGAUACAUCAUGUGGUUUGGCUUACUACUACUACACCAAAGACAUUUCGGACCAACUUCAUAAGAGUAUAAGUUCAAUAAAAUGGCCCUGAAUGCCUUCUAUAAAUAUUUGUUGUAUGAAUUUAAGGUGCCUUAUCGAUUAUUUUAAAAUAAUAUCCUAAUAAUUAAAAAGUGAGCCAAACCACGCAUGGGCCUUCAGCAAGGUUCGAGGAAAUGCAAUUACACUGCUGCCACGUAAGGAUAAAAUCAACAAAAUGUAUUUGAGAAUUUCGAACUCCCCUAGUGGGUCUAGAAAACGAUAACCUCGUGCAGAAAGUUCAUAAUUUAUUGGCAGAGGACUGUUUUCAACAAGGUCCUGUCAUUGGACCAAUGAAUUUAUUCGAGGUUAUGUCAUAAAUUAUGUAAAAUAAAAAGAGACCUUGAAACAUAAUUUAUUAUAGACAUACAUACAGUACAAUUUAAUGUUCUA